GAACUUUCCUAAGUCAGAGACUUUAGGACACGGGACCCAGAACCAGAUGGUCCGGACGAGACUCGCCAGCUCCCGCCGCAGCUCCCGGAGCGGUGAAGCCCCGCCGCGCCGCAGGACCUGACCCAGCCCCGGUGGGCAGCGCAGCCGGGGGCCGUGCCCAGCACCGGAGGCUGAGGCCGGGUCCGGAGCCCCCCCAUACAGCCCCAAUCCCGACGGCGGCAGCCUGACCCUCUGCCGGGGGGGCCCCCCGCGUCCUGUCCUCUUCCCUGCAUCCCCCUUUGCUUUCAUGCAACGCCUGGUGGCCUGGGACGCAGCAUGCCUCCCCAUCCAGCCGCCCGCCUUUAAAUCCAUGGAAGUGGCUAAUUUCUAUUACGAGGCGGACUGUCUGGCUGCGCUCAAUAAGCUGCACCCGCGGGCGGCCGGGGGCCGCUCCAUGACCGAGCUCACCGUAGGGGACCACGAGAGAGCCAUCGACUUCAGCCCCUACCUGGACCCCCUGGCAUCGCAGCCGCCGGCGCAGCCGCCUCCCGCCGCCGCAGCAGCAGCAGCAGCAGGGGGCAACUUUGAGCCUCCCUGCAGCAGCGGCGCCGGCCAAGAUUUCCUUUCCGAUCUCUUCGCCGAGGACUAUAAAGGCAGCGGCGGGAGCAAGAAGCCCGACUACACCUACAUCAGCCUCGCCCGGCACAGCCACCCCUGCGCCAGCCAGAGCCACAAACCGGGGGGUCUGCCGGGCUGCUUCCCGCCCCAGAUCGUGGAGACCAAGGUGGAGCCGGUCUUCGAGACCCUGGACUCUUGCAAAGGGCCCCGUAAGGAAGAAGGGGGAGCUGGGCCGGGACCGGGGGGCAUGUCCUCACCCUACGGCAGCACCGUGCGCUCCUACCUGGGUUACCAGUCGGUGCCGAGCGGCAGCAGCGGGAACCUGUCCACCUCGUCCUCCUCCAGCCCCCCCGGCACCCCAAACCCCUCCGAGUCCUCCAAGUCAGCAGCCGCCGCCGCCGGGGGCUACUCCGGCCCCGCGGCGGCCAAGAACAAGCCCAAGAAAUGCGUGGACAAGCACAGUGACGAGUACAAGCUCCGCAGGGAGAGGAACAACAUCGCGGUGCGCAAGAGCCGCGACAAAGCGAAAAUGCGCAACCUGGAGACGCAGCACAAAGUCUUGGAACUGACGGCCGAGAACGAGCGGCUGCAGAAGAAGGUGGAGCAGCUCUCCCGGGAGCUCAGCACCCUCAGGAACUUGUUCAAACAGCUGCCCGAGCCCCUGCUCGCCUCCUCGCCCCGCUGCUGACCCCCGGCCGGGUCGCGGGGCUAGGGGAGUCGCCGGCUCCUCGCCCCGCUCCGCUCCGCCGGGCUGGGGGCGAGCCCGGGGGCCGAUGGGCUGGUUUUUAAUGGUUUUUAUGUUGGUUUGUUCUUGUGUUUUUUCGGUCUUUAUUUACACAUGGGCGGAAGGCUCCGCCGCCGCGCGGGGAUCUCCGGGGGCUGUCAGCGGGGCGGUGCGGAGCGGAGGGGCCCCGGUCCCGGGGUCCCGGUGCCCAGGUCCAGGACGGGCUCUGCAGGCUGCUGGGCGCUGGGGUUAUUUAAAAGAGCGAGAGGAGAGCAAGGGCAAAGUGAUGCAAUCCUUUAAGCAUGGCUGGGAAUGCUGUGUACAUGAUGCAAUCUCGUGUAACUGUCAGUCAUGAAUUGAGUAAUCUGUUAAAGAUGUUCCUACAGUUUUUUUUUUAUUAUAAAGAAUAAUCUAUUUCUAUAAGAAAAUACAUAUGUAUAUUUUGGGAUCUAUGCAUUCUUGCUACAUUUGAAGCAUUAAUGAACAAUUUUAAUAAACUUUAUGACUAGGUUAAAGAAAGUAGCUUGUUUUAUUUUGAAGGCAUGUUUAAAGCAAGAUUAAGCGCAGGGUUGAAAUUCUAGCUGAAUCUGGCUCAAUGCUGGGAUCAGGGAUCAGGAUUUUUGUUGCUCUUUUGGCUUUCUCUGUGACUCAGAGAAAGGAAAAAAUAAACCCAACCAAAACCAAAAAGCAAAACCCCCAAGAGAAACCCAGCAAAGAGCAGAGCUGAAGCUUUAGCCAGUUCUUGUUGCCUCAUUUUAUGUCCUCUAAUCACUUGAUUUAGCUGCCGCUUGGGUGUUGUUUGGGGAGGAGGUGUUUGUGUUGAGUUUUUUGCACUUCUUGCUGUUCUGAACGUGUAGAGCAAGAUGUGCUAUCCAAACCAUGACCAAUCUUUGGCAAAGUAACACCAAGCCUGAAGUGGGAGGGAGGAAGAAAAAGUCAGGGAGGAAGCUUGAAAUGAGGGUUUGUUUAUGUUGUGUGUGUUUUUUCUUUACUAAGUUUCUAUUCUCUAUGAUUCAGCUUUUCUUAUGUUUGUAGUUUACAGGAAUAAACAUGAGAAAGUAGCA